GGUCGAGGCUCAGAUUACGUGGUGGGCGUGGCCUGCUGCUGCUGAUGUCUGCGUGCGUCCUGACGCAUGGCCCGCAGGUAUUAGCCAUGUCCCGGGAGCCUGUAGUCCUGGAUCUGUCCCUGCUGGAGGGGACCGAUCUGAAGGAGGCGGAGCUUGUCAAGAACUCCCUGUCACUACAGCUCAACUCAGACAGAGGAGGCACCGUCCUGACAUCCCUGGUGGACUUUUACCUGGAGACAUUUUCUUCUCAGGCUGUUUCUCUGCUGUCUAAUGCCAGGGAGCAACUACACAAGGUGCUGCUGGAAAAGCUAAAUGAUGCUCUGAAUAAAUCUGCAACACGAUUGGCUGCUGUAACACUGCUGGGUCACCUGAUCAGGAAGCAACCUUCGUGGGUACACCUGGUUACACGCUGCCCCCUGCUGGCCUCCCUGCUGCGGUGCCUCAAGACUGAUGGUGAUGCUGUAGUCCUCUCCACUGGAGUCCUGGUGCUGGUGACUCUAUUACCUAUGAUCCCACAAUGCGGGAAGCAGCUAGUCUAUGACUUCUUCGACGUGUUUGGGCGACUAGCCUCAUGGAGCCUCAGGAACCCAGCUCAGGUGCCUGUGUUGCAGCUGCUCCACCUGCAGGGAGCACUGUACUCACUCUUCCACAGGCUCUAUGGCAUGUUCCCUGUAAACUUCCUUUCCUACCUGCGUCUGCACUACAGCAUGAAGGAGAAUACUGACACCUUCCACCGAGUGGUCAAGCCUAUGUUGGAUCACGUCAGAGUCCACCCAGAACUGGUAACAGGAACUCAGGACCAAGAACUAGACCCUACCAGAUGGCGUUGUUUUGAGGUCCACGACAUUGUGAUGGAAUGUUCACGUUUGUCUCUGGACCCUCUAGAAGCAUCCAGUGAAGACCUGCAGUACUUCUCCUCCUCAUCUUCCCUCCCCUCUCUCCCCUCUUUGUCCUCUCUGCCUCUGCCUGUCACUGAGGAGGAGAGCAGCCCCGGCCCACACACUUCUCCGCAGGCUGUAGAUCUGGACUGGAGUCCCUCAUCCCACUGUGGCCUGUCCACACCUCCACCUGAAAGACACGCCCCCUCCACACCGAGCCCCGCACCUUCCACAACCAGCCCUGCCCCCUCGAUUCCAGGACAAGCCCUUACAACUACACCCCCAACUCCAGGUUCCGCCCCUUCAACUCCACGUGCCGCCCCUUCUACCCCAGGCCACGCCCCUUCCACUACAGGCCCAGCCCCCUCAACUCCAGUUGUGACAUCACCCUUCCAGGCUUCCGUACCUAUAGCUCCAUCCCCUGAGCUCUCACCCGUCUCCUGCGACCACCUCCAGCAGCACAAGCAGCUAGUCACAGUACAGGAUGGACAGAGUGAUGUCAUCAAUAUCCAGUCAGAAUCAUUCGUGAAGACUCGCCCCCCAACAUAUGCUGACCACAGCCGCUUAGCUCAAGGCCCUGCUCAUUCUGUUCCUGACCCGUCAUAUGAGGCGCUGUUUGAUCUGGCUUUGCCUCGAGCUGCACCACUAUUUGUUGCCAAAAAAACAAAGGAGGCACUAAAGAGAGCUGAGCUGGACCACAGUCCGGUGUCUCCUCUGGAACUGUUGGACCAACUGAAACCAGUCCAAGACCUGCUAAUCCUGCAGGGAGACCACGCCCACCAACAGCUGCUUAGGUCGGCAAUGAACAAGUGUAUGGACCGCAGCUCAACAGGACCCACCCCUCUAACUCCAUCCAUAGUGCCUCCUGCAGUUUCAGUGGAGGAGCUGAGCAUUGAGCUGCUGCUGGUUCAGAAUCAGCUCCAGUUUGAGAGGUUUAAGAGACAGCAACACGCCAUAAGGAACCGCAGACUACUGAGGAGAGUCAUUCAGACCACAGCCCUGGAGGAGCAGCUUAAUGCUAUGAGGGCACAGCUGGGUGUGCUGGAGGCAGAAUUGCGUUUUCUCAAAGACAGUCUGGAGGUAGAGCAGAGGCGUUUCUCUGAGCUGAAGCGUCACUCCGAGACAACCACCUCCCAACUGCAGGCUCACAUACAGGAUCUGAGCUCCAGCCAGCAAGGGGCGCUACAGGACAAAGCCCGCCUCCAGAGCGAGCUGCUGCAGUGUCAGACACGGCUGAAGGAGCAGGAGGCAGAGCUUCAGAGAGCCAAUCACAAGGCCUAUAAUGCCCAGCACCAGCUGUCACAGCUGUCAAUCAAAGUGAGCAGUGGGGAGGAGCUCCAGCAGCACCUGUUUCUCAUGAACCAACAGUUGCUCCUGCUGCGAGAGUCCAAUCGAACCCUGAGCCAGGCUCUAAGUGCCACUGGGAACAGCUCUGACACGGAGGUACUGCUGCUGCAGGGAAUUGUGGAUAAUGAAGUCCAGCAGCUGAAGGAGAGUGAGGUAGAGAUAAAACAAGCCCUGGAUGUAGCCAGUCACAGAGCAGAGGAACUGGAGAACCAACUGGCCCUCAAAGACCAGCUGAUCCUGGACCAGAAGAGGCUCCUGGAGGACUGCAAGGCUCUUAGCAGGUCCCAGCUGUCGGCAUCUGAGUCCCGGUGUGUUGCGCUCAGGUCCAUCACCCAGAGCCUCCAGACUGAGCUCCUUCAUCUCUACAGCCAGAUCCAAAUCCAGUCGAAACAGGGCCAAGACCAGGAUCAUAAGCAGGACUGGGGCUACAGCAGGCCCCAGCCCUCGGCUUCUGUCAACAUCGCUAACAGUGCUAACGCCAAGCUGCAGCCUCUGUACUCUCCUCCCAUCGAGUCUCCACUAACUGUGGGCUCCUUCCUCGAACGGGAAGCACGGCGACUGUUUGGUCCAGCCAAUCAGAGCCCAGAAACAAAAGAAACAACCAAUCACAGCCUAGAGGAGGAAGUAGAGAGUCAUGUCACAUUUGAGUCAAAAGAAGCCAAUCACAGUGUGGUAUCUGAGGGAACAGCCAAUGACAAUCCAGUGGGGGCAGGACAAGAAGAGAAGCCAACCAAUGCCCCACAAAAAGAGCAACAAGCCCAUCCUAGUCGACAAUCAGAGCAAGCAGCCAAUCACAGUUCAGAGGAGGCGGGGCUAGAGGAGGAAGCAGAGGAAGUACAGGAAGAAAUGCUAUUGGCUGCAAGUCCACCAAACCAACCUCAGAACUGGGCUGCAAUUGGUCGAAACAGCAGACCAGGACCCGCCCACAGUGACCUCACGCUGGCAGUUCGACAGCGGAGACUGGAGCUUAGUCUCAUGGACUACAACGAGUCUUGACCAGACUGACUGGGAUCUGGGUUGGUCUCGAUCAGGGAAUCCAAAGAGUGAACAAAAAUAUUGACAAACAGGACAAAAACUGGACUGAUCUAAGACUAUAUCAGGUCUAACGCCAUCUCCAAUACAGAUUAGGAAAAGGUAGGAAAUCUAGGACUAAAACUGGACUCAGUUCUCAUUGACAACACUAGGAAUUAACCAGGUUUAAACCAGAUUUAAACCAGGACUGACAAAACCAGCUGCUAAGUUACAUGGAAAGUGCCUUAAACGUCUUUUUUGUCUCAAACCAAAACCUUUGAAUGAACCAGGUAUUAAAAAUGUCCGCACAACCUCAUGAUGCUUAAACUCUGUUAUCCUUGGGUUAACAUGGAAUGUUUUUGU